GCUCCCGCCGGCCACCCCGGGACCACAGCCACGUCUGAAAGCGCCUCAUUGUGUGCGCUCGGGCGGGCUGCACCGGGCAGCGCCGAGGGUUGCUGGCCGGCGCGCGGGGAGUAGAGGGCGCGGGCCGCAGUGCCGGGUUCCAGAGGGAGCUCUGCGCCGGGUCCUUCCCUGUGGUAGCCCCAGGACACCCCCAUCCUCAACAUCCCAUUCUGGGACUCCUGCCCUGUUCCCAGAUUCGCUCUGCCUCGAGUCUCCAGGAGCUUCCAGUGGCUUGGUCACCCCCGACUCUCGUCCAUGCCUCUUAGACCCCCUUUCCCGGCCUCACCGGGUGUCCCUUAAUAGUCCUGGGACCUUAAGGAGCAAGUCAGCCCCUGCGGACCCUCCCAGUGAAGAGAAAGAGCUGGCUGUGCGGUGGAAUUUGGAAGAGACGACGUUUGGGAGCCUUUGCUGAGCCCAGGGAGAGGGGCGUCCCCCACCGUGCCGCUCCAGCUCGGGCAGAGCCGCCAAGCUUUGGGUAGAGACGGGGUUUCAUCAUGUUGGCGAGGCUGGCCUCAAACUCCUGACCUCAGGUGCUGAGGAACCUCUAAUCAUCUCCAAUGGAUUUGUGAUCAGCGUUGCAGCUCUCCCAGCAGCCCUGGACAGUGGCCCCCAGCAGUCAGCAUGUGGCUGCCGCGCGUCUCCAGCACAGCAGUGACCGCGCUCCUCCUGGCGCAGACCUUCCUCCUCCUCUUUCUGGUUUCCCGGCCAGGGCCCUCGUCCCCAGCAGGCAGCGAGGAGCGCGUGCAUGUGCUGGUGCUGUCCUCGUGGCGCUCGGGCUCGUCCUUCGUGGGCCAACUCUUCAACCAGCACCCUGACGUCUUCUACCUAAUGGAGCCCGCGUGGCACGUGUGGACCACCCUGUCGCAGGGCAGCGCUGCAACGCUGCACAUGGCCGUGCGCGACCUGGUGCGCUCCGUCUUCCUGUGCGACAUGGACGUGUUUGAAGCCUAUCUGCCUUGGCGCCGCAACCUGUCCGACCUCUUCCAGUGGGCCGUGAGCCGUGCACUGUGCUCGCCACCCGCCUGCAGUGCCUUUCCCCGAGACGCCAUCAGCAGCGAGGCCGUGUGCAAGCCACUGUGUGCGCGGCAGCCCUUCAGCCUGGCUCGGGAGGCCUGCAGCUCCUACAGCCACGUGGUGCUCAAGGAGGUGCGCUUCUUCAACCUGCAGGUGCUCUACCCGCUGCUCCGCGACCCCGCGCUCAACUUGCGCAUCGUGCACCUGGUACGUGACCCGCGGGCCGUGCUGCGCUCCCGGGAGCAGACAGCCAAGGCUCUGGCGCGUGACAACGGCAUCGUGCUGGGCACCAACGGCACGUGGGUGGAGGCCGAUCCCGGUCUGCGCGUGGUGCGCGAGGUGUGCCGUAGCCACGUACGCAUCGCCGAGGCCGCCACACUCAAGCCGCCACCCUUUCUGCGCGGCCGCUACCGCCUGGUGCGCUUCGAGGACCUGGCGCGGGAGCCGCUGGCAGAAAUCCGUGCGCUCUACGCCUUCACUGGGCUGAGUCUCACGCCACAGCUCGAGGCCUGGAUCCAUAACAUCACCCACGGAUCUGGACCUGGUGCGCGCCGCGAAGCCUUCAAGACUUCGUCCAGGAAUGCGCUCAACGUCUCCCAGGCCUGGCGCCAUGCGCUGCCCUUUGCCAAGAUCCGCCGCGUGCAGGAACUGUGCGCUGGUGCCCUGCAGCUGCUGGGCUACCGACCUGUAUACUCUGAGGACGAGCAGCGCAACCUCGCCCUUGAUCUGUUGCUGCCACGAGGCCUAAACGGCUUCACUUGGGCGUCGUCCACCGCCUCGCACCCCCGGCAUUAGCGGAGUCCACAGUUGUAGCGGGCGCUAGGCCCGGGAGGAGAGUGCAUGGUGCAGAGGGGGCUGGAGCGCACGGAGAAGCAGGUCCCUAUAUUGACCAAGGAGUUUGCGGUACCCCUCCCCCCGGAAGUAGGCAAAGACUGCACGUUUCUUUCUCUCUUGAUUCUUGGUUUUCCUUUGAGUCCUCUGGAGCUGCCUUCUCAUCAGGUGCACUCUUCACGGAAAGCAACUCUUGCCCCUGCCUCCUCUGGGCACAGGGCGUGCGUUCAGAUGACUUGGCUCCUACUCAAGGGCUUUCUUCCCCUUUAACUGUCUCCUUCUGGGGACACAUCCUGCAGCAGCUGAGGGGGUGCCCUGGCACUGGCUGGGAGUGGAGAGGCACUGUGGUGAUAUGGCUCCAGAGGUCUGUACAUCACAUACACAUGCACACAUGCACACAUGGCAAAACUUAGAAGUGAAAGGACUUGUCUGAAAUCACAUGGUGAGAAGGAGGAUGAAGGGAGGAGAGAGCUUUUGCUGUGGGGCUCCAGUGGGUAGGAGAGGACCUGCCUCCUGGGUGAGAAGGGUCAGAUUUUCCCAUUUUAAUUGCUUUAGGGAAGAGCAAGCAGAGUCAUGACCAGGGACACAGCUGAGAUAUAGAGGAGGCUGUGAAUGCUGAGACCAGAGCUUAUCAUCCUGGACAAGCCGGGAAGGAGGCAAUAAGUGGGAAAGGUAGGAGGAGAGAAGGCUGGGGAGGGCUGGGCAGCAAGCCAGGCACAAUGAGUGGCAGAGCAAGAGGGGGAAAGCAGGAUCAGUGCCUGGAAGGCAGGUGUGCCCGUCAGGGGGGGAGUGGAACUCAUCAGGCUUGCCAAGAGGUUGGAAGGGAAAUGGCUCUGGGCUGGAACUGUCUUCCCUUGGUCCUUCUGGGCCAGGCCUUGGAGGAAAGCAGAAGAUGAUCCCUGCCUGUGAGCCACACCUCCUAGCUCUGGGGGCAAAGGGGCUUAGUAAAGGAAUGCUGGAUGUGUAGAGGGUUUAGUCCCGAGCUCGGGAAAUGAGAGCCAGUAAGUGCCCAGUACAUGUUUAAAAGAAAAGCUCACGGAACCUCUGGAAAGGACAGGGAAGUUGAAUUAGCCACAUAAAUGAACCCAAGUCACAUUGGAACACAGAGCUGGUCUGGGAACUGUGUUGGCUGCCACCAGAACUUCUGACCCUGUUACCUGUGAAAUGAGGCAGUUUCCCUCACGGUUGCCAUGGGCUACCAGGAGGGAUGCUGGUGGUCACUAGCUUCUGAUCCUCAUCCUGGGUGUGGCCACAGAUUGGGGGAAACUGGAUUGUGGAGUCACAUCCUCCCCGCAAAGCAAGCAGGGCAAGGGAGAUCUGGCAUUUUCUGCUUUACGUGGAGGGAGAAGAGGCACAUUAGCCUUGAAGCUGAAGCUCAUUUUAGGUUCCUUCCAGCUUUAGAAGCUUCAACCAAAUGAAACUUGAAUCUGUCUCUCGUGACAAUAAUAGGAGGAAGGUAUUUAAAACCCCAGAUUUAUGAAUGUGUACUACGUGGCUUAGAGAAUGUCUUUGUUCUUGUUCAGGUGGUUAUAACAAAAUACCUUAAGAGUGGGUAACUUGGCUGGAUGCAGUGGCUCAUGCCUGUAAUCCCAGCACUGUGAGAGGCCGAGGUGGGUGAAUCAUCAGAGGUCAGGCAUUCAAGAACAGCCUGGCCAACAUGGCGAAGCCCCUCCUCUCCUAAAAAUACAAAGUUAGCGAGGCGUGGUGGCACAUACCUGUAAUCCCAGCUACUCGGGAAGCUGAGGCAGGAGAAUCGCUUGAACCCGGGAGGCGGAGGUUGCAGUGAGCCAAGAUCAUGCCAUUGCACUCCAGCCUGGGUGACAGAGCAAGACUCCAUCUCAAAAAAAAAAAAGACUGGGUAACUUAUAAACAAAUGUUUUUCUCAUGAGUCUGGAGACUGGGAAGUCCAAGAUCAAGCCACCAGUGUUUUCUGAUGAGGGCCCACUUUUUCACAGACAGUGCCUUCUAGCUGUGUCCUCUUAUGGUAGAAGAUGGGAGGCAGCUCUCCAGGGCCUUUUUUUUUUUUUUUGA